AUGGUUCACACCCGCCACGAAGCCGCCACCAUCCCUGGCGAGAUUCCCGUGCCCCACGGUCCCCCAGACAGCGACGACCCGGACGAGCCCAUUGCUUAUGCUACCGCUGAUGAGCGCCGCAUCUUUAGCCAUGUUACUCGUCCUGACGACUCAUACAAUGAGGACGGUGUCUACUGGGCUGAUCUGCCUCUGUCCCAGCGCAUGAGCUUCGUCCACAAGAUUGACAAGCAAGCUGCCAGCGAGGAGGCCAGAUCCGCCUGGAGCAUGUUCAAGGAGGAUCCUCUCUCUCCUCUCUCUUGGUAUUUCCGCCAUGCUGUCAUUCCCGGUGCUGGUCUCGGUCUCGAGGGUUACGUCCUAUUCUCCAUUGGCAACCUUGAGCCUCUCUUCAAGGCUGCCUGGCCUCAGUGCUGGAACAAGGAAAAGGCUACCGAGUGCUCUCACAACUGGAUUGCCAGUGUCACCUACCUCGAGAUUAUCGGUAUCAUGGUUGGCCAGGCUGUUGUUGGUGUCAUGGGUGAUUGGGUCGGCCGACGCUGGGGUCUCAUCCAGGAUGCUGCCAUCAUGUUCAUCGGUCUUCUCAUGCUCACUGCCAGCUGGGGUCUCACCCUUCAGGGCUGGGUCAUCUGCUACGCUUGGUCUCUCUUCUUCUACGGUUUCGGUGUCGGUGGCGAGUAUCCCAUCACUGCUACAUCGUCUCUCGAGGGUGCCUCCACCGACGGCAAGCUCUCUACUCGUGAGGAUCGUCUGCACCGUGGCCGCCGUGUCACCACUGCCUUCCUGAUGCAGGGUUGGGGUCAAUUCGUCAACCAGGUCGUCCUCAUUGUCCUCCUCGCCAUCUUCAACAAGGGUCAGAGCUCGCCCCCUUACACGACCUCUGCUGCUCAGUACACCUUCCGUCUCUCCUUCGCCUUCCCCGCCAUCGGCACUCUCUGGCUUCUCUACUACCGUACCUACCGCAUGCCCAACGCCUCCAAGCAGCUCGCAGAGGCUAAGAAGCGAUCCAACGUUACCGGCUACGACCUGAACGCCCUCCGAUACUGCUUCACUCACUUCGGUGGCCGUCUCCUUGCCACUGCCGGCACUUGGUUCUGCAACGAUGUCUUCUUCUACGGCAACAAGCUCUUCCAGUCUCAGUUCAUCAACGUCAUCUCUGGCUCUAACCACACCAUCUUCACCACCUGGACUUGGAACCUGGUCAACAUUACCGUCUCCAUGUGCGGAUACUACCUUGCUUCGCUCCUCAUUGACAACAAGAUGUACGGCCGCAAGAACAUGCAGCAGGUUGGCUUCCUCAUGUGCUUCCUCAUGUUCGUCAUCCCCGCCUUCAAGUACGACUACUACACGAGCCCUGCCGGUAUCCACGGCUUCCAGGCCAUGUACUUCAUCUCGUCCUUCUUCAACCAGUUCGGCCCCAACUCGGUCACCUUCCUCGUCGCCGGUGAGGUCUUCCCCACUCCCAUCCGUGCCACCGCCCACGGCUUCUCCGCCUGCAUCGGCAAGUCUGGUGCCCUCCUCGCCUCGGUCCUCUACAACUACAUCGAUGACCAGACCAAGUUCUACGUCGUCCCCUGGUUCGGUCUCGCUGGUAUGCUCCUCACCUGGCUCUUCCUCCCCGACACCACCGGCCUCGACCUCAAGGAGCAGGAGCGCCGCUGGCACUACAUCAUCGAGGGCAAGGAGAGCGAGUACCAUGGUGUCGCCGUCAACCCCGCCCAUCUGUCUCUCUGGGAGCGCAUGCGUGGUCUUGCCAAGUCCUACGACCCCGAGGCCGACUGGCGUGCCAAGGUCGCCGACAUGCGCGCCGAGUGGGAGCUUGUUCAGGCCAACCGUGGUCCCAAGGACACUGAGGGUGCUGAGAUGCCCGACGAUGGCGAGUUCUCCCCCGAGAUCCACGAAUUCUUCAAGCGUUCCGCCCCCAAGAACCUUGGUCGUCGCGACAACUCCCUCAUGGUCGAUGAGUCCAUCAACGAGAAGACGGCUCUGCCUUCUGAGGACUCCAGCUCCAAAUAA